CCCUGGUCUCCUUUUCCUCGUUUCCUCGCCCGAUCUCAGCCGUCUCCCCCUAAGACAGCGUCCUGAGCCGGCUUCGGAGACGGUCCUGUCCGGGGCUCCCUGUCUUGGCGGGGACGUGCGGCUGUGAGGAAGGAGCCUCACGCCAGGCUCAAGCGUCUUCUCUGGAGCGGCGGGCAUGGGCCUCCCGCGGAGCGGGGGAGCUCUCCUCGCCCCUCUCCCCCCUGCCCCGGUCCAGCUGAGAUCGGUGGGCGCUGAGGGUGCCCCGGAUGCGGCGGGAUCGGACUCUAGGUUAGAGUGGGGCAGGUGAUGGCCCUUCCCUUGCUGAGGUGCUGGCCUCGCCUCUUUCAGCUGCCUGGAGUUUCUUCUCCUUCAGACAAGAGUUGUAGCUGUGGAAGCACAAGGGCAGAACAGACUACUCCGAGCCACAGGAGAGGGAACAGGGACCGCCAGGAAGAUCUUCAUCCCUGCAGCGCUGCUGCUAAGAGUUAGAAAGCUGCUGCCUCUCCUCUCUGUUUCUUUUGAUCUCCCGGAGAGGAGAGUGCCCACUUUCACCGCUGUCUCCUGCUCUGCUUGCUCCUGCUUUCAGUAUGGUAAAGAAGAAUACUAUCCCUCAUGGAUGGCGGAGUUUGACACCAGUUGGACAACCUAUACCAGGAACUAGAUUUAUUGCAUUCAAAGUACCUUUAAAAGGGGCAAUUAACCAGAGGCUUACCCCAACCCAGAAAUUUACACCAAAAGAUUUAAUUGCUGCAAUGAAAGGCCUAAAUGUGGAGCUUGGAUUAAUUAUUGAUUUAACAUAUACCACACGAUACUAUGAAGUUAAGGAUUUACCUAAAAGCGUGCAGUAUAAGAAACUUUAUACAGUUGGACUUGAAGUCCCUGAUAAUGCUACUAUCCUGCAGUUCAAAAAAUGGGUCAGAAAAUUCCUAUGGGAGAAUGCAGGAAAUGAGAAACUUAUUGGCGUUCACUGUACUAAUGGAAUUAAUAGAACUGGCUACCUUAUAUGUAGAUAUCUUAUAGAUGUUGAAGGCUGGGAUCCAGAGACAGCAAUUCAAGCUUUUGGUGAUGCUAGAGGUCAUCGCAUGGAUGGUCUUGUGUAUCUCACAGAUCUCAGAACACAACCGAUGAGAAGUAACCUUGGAAUGGAUGUAUGGGAUUCAGAUGAAGAAAUUAUUCCACCCCCACCUGCAGAGCGGUUCCCAAAUGAAGAUUUUCAGGGGUCUGGGAAAAGAUUAAGAAUUUAUGAUGACCACUGUCACAAUGAUUUGCAAGGACAGAUGCAGUUGAGAGAUUUUGAUUUCAUUAAUAAGGGGCCUGGACAAAGACGAAGACCAUUUCAUGACCGUCAGACUCAGGAUGAUUUAAGAGCACCAAUGCAGAUGAGAAAUUGGGACUAUAAUAGGGGAGCAGGACAGAAACGAAGACCCUUUCCUGAUCAUCAGUUUUAUGAUGAUUCUCAAGAAGACAUGCAGCUGAAGGACCUAGACUUCAAUAGCAGGGGACCUGGACAAAGGUUGAGACCUUUUCCUGGACGCCAAUUUCAUGAUGAUUUACAGGCAGAGAGACAACUGGGGGGCAUUGAAUUUAACAGAGGCCGUGGACAAAGGCAGAGAUCUUUUCCUGACCAUCCAUCUUGUAAUGAUCUGCAGGAAGACAGACAGUCAAAGGAUUUUUAUUUUGGUAGCAGGGGCUGUGGCCAGAGACGAAGACCGUUCCAUGACCGCCAGUCUUGUGAUGAAUUUCAGGCUCAAAUACAGUUGAAAGAGUUAGAUUGUGUCAACAAAGGUCCUGGCCAAAGACUAAGAUCUUUCUGUGACUAUCAAUCACAUGAUGACUUACAGCCACAGAUGCAAUUGGGAGAUUUUGAGUUUGGUAAUAGGGGUUGUGGGCAGAGGUUGAGACCUUUUAAUGAUCACCAGCUUUGCAAUGACUUACAAACAGAGAUACAACUAAAAGAUUAUGAUAAUAAAGGUCCUGGACAAAGGCGCAGACCUUUUCAUGACCAUCAGCCUUAUGAUGACUUACAGGAACAGACUCAGUUAAAAGACUUUGAUUAUGUUAAUAAAGGGCAUGGACAAAGGCCAAGACCUUUUCAUGAUCAUCCAGGUCGCAAUGACUUGCCACGUGAAUGGUGUUCAGACAGUAAUCGACCAAAUUGUCCUGAAGACCAUAGGAGAAUGCAUCCCUCAGAUGAAUUUAAUAGAGGAAAAAACAGAUUUGCACCAUAUUCUUCACGAACAAUGUAUCCAUCUUCAUCCGUACACCAAGAAGAUAGUUCAAUAGGGUAUGAAGGAAAACCUUUUCAAGGUGAAACUACCAGAGAGAUGGAACAAAGCAAAAGAUUACCAGUUGUAACAGUUGAUUACAAUUAUGGUCUGCCAUUAGAUUAUGGACCUGAAGAGGAAGAGAGAACGCAUUAUGAUUUACCUCCAAGAGACUGCUACAACUGGAACUGAAUAAAAAGGACAAGUUUGCUCAGCUUAGACUUACCUAUUUUACUUUGUAUGUGGACCAAUUUUUUUUUUUUUUUAACAAAUCAGGAAAAUACAAAUUUCAGUAGUAGAGAACUGGUCUCUAUUGUAAGGUUAGCUUCUGCUGUUGUUUGGUUCUUUAAAUUUAUUAGGGUGUAUUUGUUAAGUGUAGUUGAAGACAAGGUCUCAGUACACAUGGAAUUAAAGUAGCCCUUCCUUUUAUUGAAAUUGGAACCCUGUACCUUAAUAGAAACAACUUUUGCAGUGAUUGUAGUUGUGUCUUUUGUAUUACAUUUCUUUAAAAUGUAUGUAGUUUCCAGAUGCAAAAGUCAUAAUAAAAUACUGCACUAUCAGGUAAAUACUGCACUAUCAGGUAAACUAGCAUUGAGACUAUAGAAAAAAUACUAUGAAAUGAAUGAAGUUAUGUCCACUCAAUCCUUUAAUUUGAAAAUAGAAGUUUGAAUUAUUGCUAACAAUCUGCAGUAUUGCAGUUUAAUUCCAUAUUUUCUGUACCAUCAAGUGAACUCUUUUUUCAUAGCAAAACGUAGCACUCUUUUUUUCAUAGCAGAAUUUUUCCCAGCUUGCUCAGAACACAGAAGCAAAUGGUGUUUGAAUACUCUAAAUGUGAAACUUGCUUUUCGGUAAUCUGCAUAUCCCAUCAUGAUUGUGUAUUUUUUCCUAGUGCCAUAGGUUAUAUGUGUUUCAGAAUAGCCCAGUGCAGGUAAACAUCACUGUUUUCUCAGCAACACAUCAAAUGAGGUGACUUAUGUAAUCAUCAGCUUACCAGUCUCUGCUGGCCAAGAUCACUGGUGCCUGUAUAGUUACACUGCCCUGUUUGUCAGUCAUAUCUGUCCAUUUCUAUUUUUUUACUAGUUUAUUUUUACAGCACAGAAGAGUAAUGUAAUCAGAAUAGAAGAAUAACCUCUUCAGGUAAGUUACUUGUCAUGUAUUGGACAGCCUCCUCUGAACUGCGAUGUCAGUGGGUCUCAAGACAACAAAUAGGAACUAACUUCAUGCAGGCAGCUGCAUGGUUGCACCAACAGUUCCUACUGUGGAUAAAGAAAUCUUAGUUCAUAGGAUGGAAAAUAAUAUUAAUGUAAUACUUGGGUAAAUUUAAAAUUUACACUUUUCAUUAUUAUUACGUUUUCAUAAGUGAAUAUUUUGAAAAGGCAUCACAGUGAAUCAGGAUAAAGCUAGACUGUGAUAUUAAAAUAAGCAAUUGAGUUCUAGAUACGUAAGUCAGGCAGUUAAGAAACUGCCUCAAAAGCAGCAUAGCUGUAAAGCAUAAAGCAAGAGGGUGCUGGUAUAUGGUAGAAAACUUAAAAAAAAAAAAAACAACAGUGUUCAUAACGAGAACCCAUGGAGCUUUUUUGCCUUUUAACUAGCAGCAUAAACCCCAGAUUUCUGAACUCAUGGUUCUAUAGCUGCUAAAUAAGGACUAGAUUUGAAAAGCGUGGAACAUCUGGCAGCUUCUGUUGUUUUUUAACACGUGCAAAAAGUUCCCCAAAUCAAAGGAUUCUGUGGAUAUGAAUUUAAACUGAGAAAGCUUCAUUGCCUUUGCAACUGAUAGAACAACUUUGGCUUUGUUUACUGUACAAAGUAAAUAGUUUGCUCAUUUUCACAGUGGCUGGUCAGUUGUAUUUCCCAUUAACUGUCUGAUUGUGAGCCUCAUUCAUGGGGUUUCAGGAAUGAAGCGCUCUCUGUAUAAACUGGUUGUGGGACUGAGUACUAAGUGUUAAGAAAAGCAUUUGUUCCUUCACUUGCUUUUUUUUGUUUGUUUGUUUUUGGGUUUUGUUUUGUUUUGUUUUUCAAAUGAGGGCUAAACUGAGAAUCUUUAGGCUUCUUUAUUUGGAGGCGAGGAAGAUCAGCAACAAGGGCCACUAUAUUGCCAGAUUAUUUAAAAAAAAUAAAAAAUAAACACAACAGAAAAACCUUUCCUGGUGUUCUGCAGCAGGGAGCUAAGAAUUAAGGACUGGUAUUACAACCAUUUGGUGUUGUUUGGGUUUUUUUCCAAUAUGUAUGCAGUAUUCAUAAAGUGAAUAAAGAGCAAACAUUUGCCCUUCA